AAAUAACCUUGAAACUAUAUAAACCCCGUAUACUGUUUCUGCGCAGAUUUUUAAGGAUGGCGUCUCUAAGCUGUGGUUAUAAAUGUUUGCAGAUUUUUUUGGUCAUUUUCAAUAUUCUUGUGUUUGCUUGUGGCAUUGCUUUAAUAGUCAUUGGGAGCCUCGCACAAGUUGCCAUUAAUAAGUAUUCUGCAGGCAUCGAUACAAACGUAAAGGGACUGGUGAUCUUUAUUAUCAUACUGGGAUGUGUUGUUUUCCUUCUUGGGUUUCUCGGAUUUUGUGGUGCAUGCACGAAAAAUGUCUGCUGUCUUACAAUGUAUGCUAUCUUCCUGUCAGUGAUAGUCGCAGCAGAAAUUGGGGCAGGAAUAGCUGCUGUUGUGCUCAAAGAGGAUGUUAAACAACACUUUGCGGCAGUGGUGAAAAGCUCUAUCUCAGAAUACAGUAACAAUCCUGAACUCAAGAAACUGCUAGAUAAAAUACAGUCGGAGGUAUGUCCCGGUUUGUUAUUAACUGCUUCAGUUCAAAUGCUGUGGCUCUCAAUCAUCUGCUGAUUAUACCACGACAGGACAAAUGGCUCCAUCUUCUUGUAAGGAUCCAAAAACUGGAGUCACCUAUACAGAGGUAAGUAAAACGAAUUUAUUGAAUUUGGCUCAUUGUUGUGAUUGUCUGCAUCAUCAAAAAACGUUUUACUCACACAUACUGGGUAAAAGCAUAUAAGGGGGGAAUGAGUUCCAGUCUUCUAUACAUGGAGGUGUUCAAAAUUGUCUUUUCAGUUUGACUAAAGGCGAAGCAGUUCUGUGUACUGAUACUAAAUUUAGAUUUGCAAAUUAGAGUGCUAAAUUUGACUUUAAGUAUGCACUUAAAUCUGAUCAGCAGCUAAUAAUGAAGUUUCAAGCUUACCGUUAUGUGUCUUUAACGGAGACUUGAACUAGUAAGGUAAUUACCGGUAUGGUUCCAAAUAAUACUGGAUUCUCAAAUAUUACUGUUUUACCGUGUGAUGUAUAUCAUCAACAACUUAAAAUAGAAUCACAAUCUAUCAGUCUGCUUAGGUUUUACCCCUACGUAUCUCUCUCAUUUAUUUAAGCAGUGUUUAUACCGAUCCAUGCUGCUCUGUGUCAGACACUAAUACGUAACGUUCUACUAGUUUAAAUUCACUGAAAGUUUUCGCUUGUUCGAAAGAAUGUAAGUGAAUCAUCAGAUGACUCUGACUGAGUAUUUUAGCAACUGGUUCCAAUACCAGGACAGUCUUCUUAUCUGUGCAAGAAGUUAGGCGCCAAUUUAGACAGGUAUGAGAUUACAAUCUUCGUGCUGUAAAUUAUUAUACCAACUGUUUACCAAAAGUUUAGGUUGUGAAAUACUGAGUGAUUAGCGGAGGAAUUACUAGUGUUCACAGAAAAGCUCACUACUGCUAUCUAAAAGACUGAGUAUUUGCUUAGUUAAGUGCCUUUAAACAUUUUAUAAUGCACUUGGUUGACUUAUGCUGAGAUGUAAUAUUUUUACUACAGAUAAUGAAAAAAACUUUCAUACACCGAACAAAAAGUUCUUAAAAGCGAUACAUGGUACCUACUUAUUUUUGUGGACACAAACUAUAUUUGGAGGACCCAAUAAAGUGAUCGAAUACAUAAUCAGACACAAAAAAGAUGCUGCUUCUUAGGAGACAUAAAAAUCAGUUUUUUACACAUCUUAAAAUAGGUAGAAAGUAGGUUUAACGGAAUUAUUAAAAUUCCUCAUUGGAUUAUUUUGACAGUUUGUUAGUCUGAUAGAACGAACAGUGAUGCAUGUCAGUGCAUGACAGUUUAUUCACGAGUUACUAAUUCUUAUCAUAGAAAGUAACCAUACAACUUUCUAAAUUCUAUAAAAUCGAACAGUUCCUCAGCCAUGUAUAAUUAUUGGUGAUAAAAAAACUCCUCAAAUAUCUGCGGUGCGUUGUGGAAUUUUCCUUUUGCAUGUGUAAGGUUUUAACUGAGAUAAAGCAAAUUAGUGGGGGCAGCCUACCAGAGUCAGUCAAGACAGCAGAGCCCAAAAAUUGAGCAAGAUAUAAAAUGAUAGACCCUACUAGGGUAUAUAAUCGGAACAAAAUCUUGACUAUCGCCAUGUAUCUACUGAUUCAGAUUCAAAUCGUAGGUUGAGACUAGAUUAUAAUAUGAAUAAGAAAGAAAAGAUUGGCUACUGAAUCUUUCCUAAUUGAGUCAACACCUGUUGCUGGUAACAAGAAUUACUUACAACAAAUUUCAGACAUGGAAAAUUCUACUGGCACUAAAAGUAUAAGAAAUCACGGGCUGUUCAACUGUGUAAAGCUAGCUGGAAAGUUAUAUGACAACUUCAAUAUUAUAACGAGAGUUUAUCUCAGCCUGACUUGUAAUGCAUUAACUAAUACUAUUUCAUUUACUUUAUGCUGCAUAGAAAAACUGACCUCCACAAAAGCGCGGAAUGGAAUUCGGAAAAGUAUUCAAAACAACAACUAACUAACAUGUGUGGUACUCAAAAAGGAGUUUCAGAUAUUUCUUUAAGGUCAUGAAUGAUGUUGAAAAGGGACGUUUUGUGCAUGCUAGUUCUAUAUACGUCACAGGUUCAUCACACCGUAUGCUAGGUUUUGUACGACUGAACAGGUCAAACAUUCGUGGUAAUGACUAGUCUAGCAAGAUGUUUCAAGGAAUGGAAACCCAUGUUAAACCUUCUAUAACCUGGUCCCUCAAACAAUUAGGGCAUCCUUUCUCUUUUCACUGAUUUCAACUGGAAGAAGUAUAUGGCUUUUAAAGUCGUCGCGUAGAAAGUUAUACAUUGGAAUCCAUGAAUAGGUAUGUGUGAACAGUACCCACCUAGUCUCUGAAUUGAUCGCUAUGAAACAUUGCAUUAAAUAAGGCACUUGUACACUCAUAUUUGUAGAAAUAAGACUUUGUCACUGUAUACUUGAAGGAAGAUUCACAAAACAUUCACAUAAGUUGCCGGUGUGAAAUGGAGGGCUACGAAAACAUCUCAGUUUCCAAUUUCGGCAUAACUGGAUGAAGUCAUACAUUAGUUUUGCUUUAAAAGUGUCAACAGAAGGUGUUGAGAUCGCCCGUGCUAGUACAGAAUUCUAACCAUUUUAUAACAUGGAGCAAUAAAGGAACCUUUAUUUGAAGGGAAUUCGAUUCAAAUUUUCUAACUUCAAUAUCAUGUCCUCUUAUAUGAUAUGUUAUACAGUGGAGAAAAAGAUUGGAUAAACCUUCGCCUAAACCAUUACUUAGUGGAUGGAAUGAUAAUAAGACAUCUACUAUCCGUUGCCUAUCACGAAGAUGAAAAACACGUAAACGAUACAGUCACUCUUCGUACGAAAAACCUAAAAGUGGCCAUACUAUUUUAGUUCAUACCCUUUGAAUCCGUUAAAAAAUAUCUGUUUCCUAUUCGAAACAUUUGUUUACUUCUUGGAUUCCAUCAUAUGAACUAGGACUGAUUUAUGUCAGGUAUAAUAUUCAAAACACAUUCCCACUAAAGCAAAAAAAAACACAUCUUACUAACGAACUAUAAGAUGCAAGACGCUUAGGCAGAUGAUCUUCAGCAGUUUGCCCUGGUUUUAGAUUGGUGGAUUAAACUAAUCCAUGAAUCAGUAUUUUCUGAAACCUUGGACAUUAUCAAUUUAUCAGACAGGUAUGCAUAUAGAUUGUUGUGAACACUAUGUGUAACUGCACUUUUGUUUGUGCCGAAAAGUAACAUAUCACAAUUGUAAGGCCACUAUCUUUCGCAUCUAUUAACUACAGUGUCUUCAGGAUAGAAAUGUGAAGUAUUUUUAUGGCUUGGAAUUUUUAAAUGUCAGAUAGGCAGUGCAAGGAAGGCAACUUGUAUUUCAGUAGAAUUCUCAUGAAACUGUAGAUUCAUAUUGCUUAACCAAAGAGCUAGAGCAGAUAUGCAGAAAACACUUUCUAUUGGUUAUAUUUCAUGCUGUCGAUUUCGUAACGAACCUGAAAUGAAGCAUUUUGGGAGUGCUUUUCGAGAAUAAAGACAGGAUCAUGGUUAUGGGAAUCGUCUGAUAAUAUUUACUCACCUUAUUGUACGUUGUUGAAGUUUGCAGCAUAGUUCAUUGAAGUUAGGUGAAUUAAGCAAUAGUCUGUGCCUUUCAUAUCUUAAGUUUAUUGUUAUUAUUAUUUGUUCCUUGGGUUCCUAGUAGAACAUAGAGCUUCAGUAGAACGUCGCCAUUUCACUCUCUUCUCUGCAGUCUUUUCAACCUGGCUCCAUAACUGCCCAGAAGCUUCAAUUUCUUCCUCAUAUGAUUUCCUUCAUGUCGUCACCCUCCGACGCCCAACUCAUCGUUUCUUUCUUGUAUUCCACUCGAGGGCCUGGUUUUAUGGGUGAGGGUUGCUAGCUCUAUGCUCAACCUUCCCUCUUUAUUCUAUCUUAGGACCGGCCAGUAACUAGUGAACUGGUUACCUAGGCGAGGUUAUAUCUCAAGUUUAUACCUCUUUUAUAUUCUAUUUUUGUUUAAAUAGGUCUCAGUUUUUUGUUUGUUGAUAUUCUGCAACUAAAACCAUCGGGGAACUAAUCUCCUCUAAGAGAUUUAGGCCUAAACCGCCCAAUACUACAGACGGAGACGUUGCCAGUUAGUCAUUUUAUCCGGGACUGAGCUUCUAUAAGUUUAGAUUAGAAACAUUGACUGCUAACUGGAGAAUAAGCGGUUUUAUGUUGUUUAGUUUUAAGUUCAUAAGUUUCUAAGGCAAUGAAGACUGCACAUAGAAUCUUCACUUCUAUACAUUUCAACCCAGUAUAGCAACGGGAAAUUAUGAACAUAGAAACUAACAACUGAUACCCAAUGCAUAGUAGAUGGCUUUCACGCUCUGGUAGUCUAUUAAGUAACGUUUUGAGAUUUAGAUAUCUAAGCGCUUGUUUCGAGUUCUAGUGACAACAACAUCACUUAGUAGGCUGCAUAUACAUCUGACUAAUGAGAUCUAAGCAGAACAAACCACAUAUCCUCACUUCCAUAACUAAUCACUAGGCUUAAGCAUUUAAUUCAACCCCCUCAAAAUUCAAUUGAACUGGUGCUCAUUGGUGAAUAGCUUCAAAAGGUAUUCCUGAAGUUCCAAUGAGAAGUCGUGACCGGUGGUGGCAAAGCCUGAUGAUCGUGAGGACAGUUAUUCAACAAUGACAUUGAGUAGCGGUCGGGCUACAUCGUGAGCUAACAGAAGUUGUAAAUAUGAACCAUUAGAUUCCGACCCAGUGGCUCAAUGGCAACGUGCCGGCCACGGAACUCAAAGGUCGUGAGUUCGAUCCCUGGUGGGGUUGUGGGUACGCACUGCUGAGGAGUCCCAUCCUAGGACGAAACAGCUCCUAUUCAGUGCUCUUAGGUUUCCAGUGUUCCUCCAACUGAUGUCAAUCUACGAUGAAUAACAACUUGAAAUAUUUCCAAAUCUCCACAAAUCCCUCAAAAUUUAAUUCAAAUUUCUUUCAAAGUAAAUAAACUCUUACAAUAAACUUAUGGCUUACCAUUUUUUUUUUAUAUUCAGGGGUGUUCAGAUAAAGUGAUUGCCUUCUUUGAGAAAUAUUUAAUUGCUGUUGUUGUGGCAGCAUUUAUAUUCGCUAUACUACAGUUAUUGUGUAUUGUAUUCGCUGUCUGUGUUAUACGAGCUAUCAAGUCUGGUGAUUCAGCGUAAUAAAGAGAACAGUUAAAAUAAAAGACAUUAUGAAAAGAAGAAAGAAAAAGAAAGUUUCUCUCUUUUUUAUUCUUUUGAAAAAAUAAACACAAUUUUCCAUGUGAUAGAAUUCUUAAUUUUUAUUUUUACUUAACUGUUAUACGAUAAUUCUUAUUAUCCUUCUUCUCCUUUAUAUCGUUAUUAUUAUUACUAUUAUUAUGCGGAGAAGGAACUUUGUAUUUUUCUGCCAGAAACUUAUCAUGAAAAUUUUAAGCUUACCUAUGGGGUGGGUUUGGGAGACGGAAGUGAAAAAUAAAACUCAUAUAUUUUAUA